AGUAUAUCAAUAAAAAUGACUCCUUGUUGAAGGCAUUUGCUCAUGAAUUAACCACGUGCUUUAUGAUGUAAACACAAUUUAGUGAAGCUCCAUUCAAGAACACAGAAUCUAGUUAAGUUCUGACAUUACGAUUCUUUCUCAUAUCUUGUAUCAUUUCUUUUCCUAGUGUCCCAGGUGUAUGCAUUGUGAAGCAAAAUUUGACUUUCUUACCAGAAAACAUCACUGCAGGAGAUGUGGAAAAUGCUUCUGCGACAAAUGUUGCAGUAAAAAAGUACCUCUUCCACGAAUGUACUUCAUAGAUCCAGUUCGACAUUGUGCUGAAUGUGCUCUGAUUUCCCAGAAGGAAUAUGAGUUUUUUGACAAACAGAUCAAGGUGCUGAUAAAUGGAGCUACAUUCCUUGUAACUUUGGGGUCCUUGGAGAAAGGUGAAACAAUGGAUUGUCGACUGUCAAACAACCACAGGUACCUGUAUCUGGAUGGAGAAAAUCAUGUUGAAAUUGAGGUUCCACGAAUUAUAAGAGUUCAAGUGCUAACUGAAGGUUUUACUCCUGGAGAGAAAGAUAUUCACACUUACACCAGCCUACUGGAGAAUCCGUACAUUACAGAAGGAGGUAAUACACAUGCCACAGGGAUGCUUGUCCAGUACAAAACCUUAGGUUCCCAGGAACCAAAACAACUGAAGUUGAGUGCAUCUGAUGAUUUCAAUAGUAACAAGAAAGUGUCAGUUGGCUGGUUGGCUGCUAUGCAUAAGGCUGCCAAGCUCCUGUAUGAAUCAAGAGACCAAUAACCAUGGAAAAUAUCAAGAUUUAAUGUCACACUGAAGACAAAUGGGAAGAAACAGCAUUUUAACCAGUUUUACCCAAGUUUUUUUUUUUGCUCACUGCUUUGAUGUACAGUGAGGUUUUCUUAAUACUUUUUUGUAUUAAUGUAAUUUUCUGAAAACACUUAGAAUGCAACAAAUGAUUCAGAUUUUUUGGUGCAUUGAAGUAUUCUCGAAGUACGGUGCAAUAUGUAGAAUUUACAAUGUCUUAAAUGUAACUUUCACAGGUAAAUUGAACUUUGCUAAGUAUUUUUGUUAAAUCUAUUUUUAUCUCUAACUGAAAGCUGCGGUGUAAACUGCUAAAAUAAAACACCUUUUUGUUACAGAAUGCAGUUCUGAUGUAGAUUGCUUUAUUUUAUUACAUUAUCAAAAGUAUAUAAAUUUAUAAAAUUGGAUUAAGGAAAGUGGAAAAUAACUACAAUUUGCAUUUAGCUUCAGAAAAGCUUAGACUGCAGCUUUGUACUCAGCAGGUGAUUUUUGCCUUUAGUGAUUGAGGGAAAAGACAAUGUUUACAUUUUAAUUUUUUGGCAGGAAAUGCUAAAAUCAGUAUAAAAUUACUUUGUUCAGAAAUGCAGUGUUGCUUGCCUUUUCCCUCCAAAAAAAUGAAAUUUCAUUUUGGUAUACCAAAGGAUUUGUACAUAUUUAAUAAUUUGCAUAACUGUGUCUGUUCUUGUGCUCAUACUGCAACUGUGUGAUAAUAAGUAGGUAACAAUUUCAAAUAGUCUUAUUUGAUAAUCAGUGAUUUAUAUUUGGAUGUAGUAUGAAAAUAUCCAUGGUGGCUAUUCGGAAAUCAAACAAAAUUAUUAUGACUUGAUUAAAAAUAAAAACUUUAUGCAAAGUAGCCUAAACCCUUAAUUUUGACUGAAUCACCAAUAAAUGUAGAGGAGAUGGCUAGUAAUAUGGUAGAUAGCUGAGGAAUAACAAAUUUGGAAAAACUGAUACUGAUGCACAAACCAAUUUCACAGUGACCUUUUCUGUUCGUGUGAAGUAAUUCUGAAAAUAUUAGCAACACAGUUUGAUUUGAGAAAGGGAGUGCUCUGUGCUUUGUAGUUUAGUUUCCUGGACCAAAUGGGUGUGAAACGGCUGGUUGUGUGGAGACUUGAUCUUAAUUGAAUGCCUGCACUAUCAGUUCAUUUUUCAUGUUUUAUGGCCAUCUUGGAUUAAUGUAAUUAUUUGAACAGCUUCUGUGUAACAUUUAUCCUUACUCAAUAAAACAUAAACAAAA